UAUCGGCCAGCAACAAAUUCCUGGGCUACAAAUGCCCCAUGUGUCCGCAGCGGAAGGCGAUCAAGCGGAAAUGACGAUGCAUAUGGCGUUCCACGGCAGUGCUGGUCCUCUUUCAUGCCCGCGCUGUAAUUUCGCCACCGACAACCGGAAGCGUUUCAAUCACCACCUUAAAGUGCACCAGCAGGAGGAGGCCGAGCAGGAGGCGGCGGCGGCGGCGGCGGCGGCGUGGGGUGGUGCUGAUGCGGCCAUGCGGAAUCCGUCUGUGAAAGGUGGCGAAUCGCCAUCAGAUGCGAGCGAGGAAUCAGCCCCGUCGGAUCGGCCCUUUAGCGGGCAACUGCUGAUGCCGCGCAAGCGUGUCGCUUCCAGUGAGCGCUAGACGGAGACACUCUUCCGGGGGAAGUGUAACCAGCGUACUGCCUUGGAUGACUGUGGAAUGGUGACACGACAGAUGGAUAACUCGACAGUUUAGUAUUUCGUUGGACAAUGAACCCAGUGGUGGAUACUCGAUGAAAAUAUAAUCGACUGGACUGCCUUUUGUUUUGAUACAAUUACUGAGUAUUUACGAUUGGGCUGGCGGUUGUGUACAGGCCGCGAUCUCAAACGCGAUCUGCCUGACGUGAUGUUGAUAAUUAAUUGCGCGUCAUUUUGUUGUUAUUUUGAUCACUCAAUUCCGAAGAUUUUUAGUACAGGUUUUAUGAAAGCGUAUUUCGUUGGUUGCACUGAUCUUCAUAAUUUGACCAAUGCCGCGCAAUUUCUUUUUGAUGGUUCAUUUUUUUGUUGACUCUUCUACUUUGUUAACUGUUUUUAUGGAUGCGUGCAAACGAUUGGAGUUUGCUUCUUUUUACUGUUAUGUAACUUUGGUUUGAAUUUUAUUAAAAAAAGGAUUUCUUG